UGAAAGUUAUGGCAUACUUAAGAAAGAACAGAACAAGAGCUUGAUUCGAAUAAAACAUGGUAUCAUGCAGAGGUAGGCAAUUUUCGUCCCCACCUAUAAUACAAAUAUGUGUGAUUUUGUAAGAUGUUUUUUUUGGGCGAUUCGAGACAUUCUACAUGUUUCUUUUUCCCGGAUGUGGUUUUGCUCGGUAAUGGCGUCGAGCUUGACGGUCUGGUCCCACCAUCCCACACCGCCACAACAGCUGGGAAAGGAUUUCCGAGGCCGUCACGCUGAGCGAAGAUGGUGGCAGCUCCAGGCGUGCGGAUGUUCCGUUCGCCCGGAUAACACAGCACAGCGGCCACGAGAGCGUCUUGCGGGGACUCUAAGAAACCCGCGUUCGAAGCCCACCGAGAGGGUUGUGGAAGAAAAAGGGAGGCUACAAGCAGAGACUGAAGAGGACACACACGCACUCUAGCUUGAGCGCGCACUCGAUUGUGUGUGUUGCUGUUGGACACAUAACACUCUUACAAACUAGUGGCAUUCAGACACUGAGCACUUGGUCCCGAUAAGAAGUCCGUUGGCUGCGUUUGGAUCAUUUGAACAAGGAUACAAGCGAGGGUUUCCUCUUCUUUCUGCACGUCUUCUUCGCCUUGGGGGGAUGUGAAGGGAGGAAAUCGAGCUCCAAAAUAACCACAGUCCUCACUGGGUCUCCUCACCAAACGCAGGAAACACGGCCUGGGAAAAACUUUUUCUUUUCUUUUCUUUUUCUUUCUUUCUUUUUUUUUUUUUUUUUUUAAAUUUGAAGACACUAUCUCGGGCUGACGUUUUGCGCUACUUGGAUUUAAAGUAGUACAUUUCUACCCAACCACACCUCUCUGGAAUCCAACGCCGCUGGAUAUCGGGAGAAAAGUGUUCGAAUGUGUUGUGUUGUUUCUAUUGCGAAGAGCUUUGAUCAUCACUAUUUUUAGAGCAGCCUCGACCCAGGCUGUUCCUCGUAUCUCGUAUGUUUUGCCAACUGCGCGCAACAAGUUGCAGUCACUCCGAGCUGAGGUAAAGCGACGCUAAUUUAGUCUAGCGGUUGGUAUUUUCUGUGCUUCUCUUUUCGGAGUACGCUCUUGGAAUAGCACACACCCCUCCCCAGCCCUCUUUGGAAGGUAGAAGGGGGGGAUAGACGGAGAAGAUCCGGAGUGGGAGUUCAGGAAAGGACGGGGCUGGGUCUGUGGCAAUAGGCCUGCUUGUCUGACAGGCCUCAUAUAAGAACUGCUUUAUGGUCAUGGAUCGGUCUCUGAAAUCUCGCUGUCAGGAAGAUUCUCAAGACUAAAGGUGGAACGAAGGAAUGCAUGGAAAUCCAGUUGUUGAGGAGGAAUGCAGAAGCUCCUCAAAUUGUUGUAAAUCUGCAUCAAGCUGCUAGAGUGGUGGAAUUUUUAAGAGGCUACUGCACAGGGAAGAUGCCAGUCGUUGCAGAGCGACCAGGGACCAUGACCAACUGUUGACAACGAACAUCUGGAUGUGCGCACACAAUGCAACAGUGGAUGGUCAAUGAUGGAAAUGGACUGAAUCAUGACUGUUGUUUUGCUGGGGCAAAACUCCGUCUGAAACCGAGAUUCUCUUUGGAGAGUGAUGCUUAUCAUGCGAGGAGUGACGCUAAUCCUGGGUCUCAUCAUGAGCAGCUCAAUACGGUGGAAAGGUGUGUCUGGUGUGAGUGAGUGUUUCAGCGUGUCUCUGCAUAGCAAAGACGUCUGCACCUUGUCCUCAGUACUAUAAACGUGAUUACUUCAGCAAAGACACCUUUGUGCCCCCCUCCAAGCCUUCCCUCGCCACAGUGCCAAAUGUGAAUACACACUGCCCACUCGACACGUCUAAUUGCCUGACCACCAUCCAAAGCUAUUAAUAUUUAACUCCACUCCCGCACCCCUCCUUGCCCACAUCAAUAUGGCCACGCUGCAACAACACCGGCAGCUUCUCAUGCACGGCACAGAAGUGAGCUGUAAUUCCAGCAGGGAUGGUGCUGUGACUGUACGGAUUACUAACAGUUCGCUGCCCCGGCAUGUGCAGCCACAGGAGUCUGUUAGGGCUGCCGCCGCUGUCGGAGGUGGAGCUGGAGGCCGUGAGGAUAGGAGUAGAAUGAACCCUAACCUCCACAAAUACAGUAUUUCGUCCAGCUGCAGCUCUGCAGAUUCCAGACUGGCUACAACCUCCACAACAAGGGUGCACAGGAAGGCACCACCACUCUUUGAGCGAUCUGCUGCCCAAUGCUGGGACCCCAAAUUUGACUCUCCCAUCCUGGAGGAGGCUUGCCAAGAGAGGUGCUUUCCUCAGACUCAGCGGCGCUUUCGAUAUGUCCUUUUCUACCUGGCUGUGUCAGCUGUGCUCUGGGCCGUUUACUUCAGUGUCAAUAGUGACCGUUGCCACCCCAUGACCUUCCUGGCCCCCACAGCAUCCUUUUUAGCCCUCUUAGCACUCCUCUUCUUGUUCACCUUAACUCAGUACUACAUACAGCUGUACAACCAAACAUCAUUGCUCCUGAUAGCAGUCACCUUCGCCAUCACCCUGGCUCCACAAAUACAGACUGCAGGCUACACUGAGCUGGAGUGGGCUCACCAUGCAAAUGCUUCAUACCAUUUUCCAGACACACACCAAUCUCCUUGCAUAUCGCCAGUGGCUACCUUUUCUUUUUGUAUAGAGGUCCUUUUAUUGUUAUACAGUGUUCUCCAUGUGCGUCUGUAUGCCUCAGUGAUGCUGGGGUUUUUAUACUCGAUAUUAUUUGAGGCAUUGGGGUGGGUACCGUUGCUUCACCGAAGCUACGACUCUACUGAAUGGGGAACACAUUUGGAGAGUUCCACCUCCAGCUGGGAAACGGACACUCUGCAGUGGCUAGGUCCGGCCAAAGCGCUGCUUCACUUGUGUGUCCACGUUAUCGGUAUCCACUUGUUCAUUAUGUCAGAGGUGCGCUCUCGCAGCACCUUUCUCAAAGUGGGCCAGGCUAUCAUGCAUGGCAAGGACCUAGGGGUGGAGAAGGCCUUGAAGGAGCGUAUGAUUCACUCGGUUAUGCCUCGACGUGUCGCAGACGAGCUAAUGAAGCAGGGUGACGAUGAGGGUGGUGGGAGUGAGAACUGUAGCAAGCGUUAUUCCUCUGGUACCUGCUCUGCCUCAGUUGUCUCAGUGGGCACUGGAGGAGGUGUUGGUGCUGCCUCGCCAUCACAAAAUGCCAUAAGCCCCAAGAACUACCCUCACAACAACCACAAACGCAAGAAGACCUCCAUCCCACGUGGACAGAUCAUUUUUCGACCUUUCAACAUGAAACGUAUGGAACCUGUUAGCAUCCUUUUUGCAGAUAUCGUGGGCUUCACUAAAAUGUCUGCCAAUAAGUCGGCACCAGCCUUGGUCGGGCUUCUCAAUGAUCUCUUUGGACGCUUUGACCGUCUUUGUGAACUAACCUGUUGUGAGAAGAUCAGCACACUGGGUGAUUGUUAUUACUGUGUCGCAGGCUGCCCUGACCCUAGAGCUGACCAUGCCUACUGUUGUGUAGAGAUGGGUCUAGGUAUGAUCCAGGCCAUCGAACAAUUUUGCCAGGAGACAUGUGAGACUGUCAGCAUGCGUGUUGGUGUCCAUACCGGCACGGUGUUGUGCGGGAUUCUAGGAAUGAAACGCUUCAAGUUUGACGUCUGGUCAAAUGAUGUCAAUCUGGCCAACUUGAUGGAGCAGCUCGGUGUGGCCGGCAAGGUUCAUCUGUCUGAAGCCACUGCUCAAUUUCUGGAUGACCGCUACAAACGGGAGGAUGGUCGAGUGAUGGAGCGAGCUGGAGAGAGUGUGGUGGACAAGCUGAAGGGGUUGAAAACCUACCUGAUCUCAGGAAAGAAGUUAGAACACGAUGUUCAGUGCGGUAGUUCUCAAAUGGGAAGUGACUUCGUUGGGAUGAGCCUCCCCUCCUGUACACAGUUCCAUGCCUCUGAAACCAUCCACGGGGGUGUCCAAGCUGCUGAACCUUUGUUGCCCAACCAGCCACCACACAGCACUGGGCAUCCGUGUGCUUCACGCCUUGAGGUCAAGUCUUCAGUGACAGAACCUGGGGAUGAAGUGGCUGUGCUUAAUGGCUGCCAGGAUGAGCGCAAGAUUAAUAAUCCUAAGUACCUUCCUGUUAAUAGCCUCAGGACGGCCAAUGGGCUCCUGGGGCCUCCGCUCGAGGAUCCAGUUAGGGCAAGCCAGAGCUCGCUUUGUGACAUGGUUCAGGAGAAAGAGAAGAAGACGAGCACAAGUACGAUGACCGCCACCAGUGUUGGCAUCCCAGUUGGUACUGUACCACCGGGUACAGGAAUGGAGCACUCAGCCCUUAUUCAGCUGCGUGCCAAGAACUUUCAAGAAAAGAGUGACGUCCACUUUGUGGAUGUUAUCAGAGAGGACAGUCUGAUGAAGGAUUAUUUUUUCAAACCACCCAUCAACAAGAUCAGCCUCACCUUUCUAGACCGGCCUCUGGAGACAGCCUAUCGCAGCAGCUACAAGGAAGAGGUGAAAAACCAGGUCCAAGAACAGACAUUUGCAAGCUGCACGUUCAGCUCCUUCCUUGAUGUUCUUCUCAGCUUUUUUGUCUUUUUGGCCCUCACCAUGGCGUGUUUUCUUCCCCCACUGGUGAGCUCUGCCACUGUGGGCCCCCCGUCUUCUGCGUCACUCGCUGUUGCUCCCUUGGCUGGCCUUCUGGAGCUGGCCUCUUUGGUCCUCUCAAUACGAAUGGCCUUCCAUCUGGAGGAAGUGAUGAACUGUACUCGCUCUUUGCUUCUGGUGGUAUCUGGCUGGGCUGCUCGUCACAUGAUCGGGGCCGUGUUAGUCUCUCUGCCUGCCGUCUCAGUCUUGUCCCACCUCACAUGGGGCGUCCAGCCACCUCUUCAGCUGACAAUGUUCUUGUCCUGUGCCACUAUCAUCGCCAUCAUCCAAUACUGCAACUUCUGUCAACUCAGUUUCUGGAUGCGAUCGGUCCUGGCCACUGCUACUGGAAUCGCCAUGUUGCUGCUGCUUUAUAGCCCCUUGCACAGCUCCAGUAAGAAGAACUUCCAAGUUCAUGGAUUGAACGUCUCCAUAUUACAGAAUGUUGGGUCACCUUCACAACCAGACCAUCAAACCCCUCUAAGACCUCAUGAUCUUCUGGUGCCAGAAGCAGUUCUUGCCUUCUUUCUCCUUCUUCUCCUCGUCUGGUUCCUUAACCGCGAGUUUGAAGUCAGCUACCGUUUGCAUUACCAUGGCAACGUGGAGGCUGACAAGCACCGCUCCAAAAUCCAGACCAUGCGUGACCAGGCAGAGUGGUUACUUGGCAACAUAAUCCCCAUCCAUGUCGCUGACCAGCUCAAGGUGACACAGAGCUACUCCAAAAACCAUGACAGCGUGGGUGUGAUCUUUGCCAGUAUUGUAAACUUCAGUGAGUUCUAUGAGGAGAGCUACGAGGGUGGCAAAGAGUGCUACCGUGUCCUCAAUGAGCUAAUUGGGGACUUUGAUGAACUUCUUCGAAAACCUGAAUUCAAGAGUGUAGAAAAAAUCAAGACAAUUGGUGCCACUUACAUGGCGGCAUCUGGGCUGAAUGUCCAGCAACUGGCGGAAUAUGAAGAGGACUCACCGCAUGCUCACCUGAGGGCACUGUUUAGCUUUGCUCUGGAAAUGAUGGGCGUACUGGACGACUUCAACAAGAACAUGCUGGGCUUCGGUUUCAAGCUCCGCAUCGGAUUCAACCACGGCCCACUGACGGCGGGGGUGAUCGGCACCACUAAGCUGCUCUACGACAUCUGGGGAGACACAGUCAACAUUGCCAGUCGCAUGGACUCCACUGGUGUGGAGUGUCGGGUGCAGGUGAGCGAAGAAAGCCACGCUGUGCUCAGCGCCAUGGGCUUGGAGUUUGACUAUAGAGGGACUGUGAAUGUGAAGGGAAAAGGCAAAAUGAGGACCUUUCUCUUCCCUAAAAAUGGAGAGUGCAUGUGCCAGGACAAGCAGGAGUUCAGUGCCUGGGUGGGACCCUCGCCAAUGGCAUCAUUGACAAAUACUACACCAGCUGUUACCCAGCCAGCGUUCCCUCAGCCUCUUUCCUCUUCGUCCACACGUCCUCCAGACUUACAAGGUGCAGUAAGGCCCAAGACGGUCUUGACUUCGUCUGCAGAAGCAAGGAAGGAAGGCUAUAGGGACGCUUCACACCAGGCAGGGGAUUCUGCCACCAAAGACCAUCACUCCCCUUGCACCACCUCAGACCUGGUCGCCUCAGAAGGUGCACAAGUGCCCCCUCAAGUCCCAUCAAAGAGAGAGGAGGAUAUAGGGGAGAAGGUGGAUGAGCUAACAAGACUCAACGAGGAGUUUUACGCCCGCCUCUGACCCUCCUAAUCCUCCAUCCCGGUCUCCCCCAAUACCCUAUUGGCCCAGUUGCUAUCAGUCCAGGGCUGUUUGCUGGUCCUGACAAAAAGCUGAGGUAGAAGAGGAAAAUCUGCUACUUGCGUUCUUAAAUGGAAUUUAGUAUUCCAGUGGGCUGAACCUGUGUUGAGCACAGUAGAGAAGGAUAAUGGCCAAAAGGGGCAAAACCAUAUUUUGUUGCUAUUUUUUUUAAUUCUCAUUGUAAUUCAGUGCCUUCAGGACUAGAACAGAACAAAUCUGAAUACCGAACAAAGGUAACAUGUAGACUGCCAAACACUCUGUGGUUUCUUACGUGACACUUGUAUUUUAAGUGGAUAAAAAAAAAAAAAAAUCAUGAUUGUUGUGCCAUACCAUUUUAUCUUGAUCUUACUUAAUGGAAAAUCAUUUUAGAUUCAUAAUAAUAGGUGCCGAUGCAGCAUUAUAGGCUAAGCAGGGAACUAUUGGAAUAAUGAGGGAAUCACAUUAAGCAGUGUUAACUUGUUCCAUGUAUUCUACUUUGACAUGAGGGCUAUUUACAGUAUUCACUUGUGCUCACAUUUUUAAGAGAAUAUGCUCCAAAGCAGGAGGCUGCAUAGAUUUCAAUUUUGUUUGUACAUGCACAUUUAAGCACAGGUCUUGCACAAUGUUUUUCCUCGACCACUUGUUUUUAGAAGUAAAAUCGCUAAAACGAAAUACAGGGAGUCCUUGGUCUACGACUGAGAUCUGUUCCUAGAGUAGCGGCUUAACUCGAAUUUCGACAUAAGUUGGAUUCCACCAUUUAAGUCAGAAUUUACAUCAAAAUACUUUGUGUAAAAGCAAAUACAUUGAAAUAAACAAAAAGAUGGACUUAGCAUUACUGCUGAGAGAUGGAUAGAGAAGAAGAAGGGGAGGCUGCGCUUAGCUAUUGCGAAGGAACCUGGUCCUCAAUCUUCUCCAUUUCGACAAGUAUCAAAGAACCUUGUUUUGUGAUCAUUGUAUCCGACAUAGGAAAGGAACCCUUCACAUGCGCUAAAAUACAGGCUUUGUCUUUAAUAAUUGUCACCCCGGUUGACCGACUGAAGCCUUGGUGGUGUUGGUGUUUCUCCUUUCUCCAAACUUUUUAUGAUCCUGAGCUUUGUUUCCAUGGUAAUGGAUUUUCUUUUGGCUGGAGAAGCAUUGCUAAAAGACACAGCUUUCUUCUUUGGGGCAAUCAUGUCUAAAAAGGAGGGCGAAAAAUCUGAAGAUACUCCCGGCGCACAAACAUGGGCAAGCAUUAGCCAGACAAAAUGGCGGAUGGGGGACAGUUGUAAAGCCGGAACGUCUUAGGUCGAGACUGUCUUAACCGGAGGACUCCCUGAAUAUUUUCUCUCACAAAGUACAAUCAAAAGCACGACAUAAAAUUUAAAAUUAAAAUUAGGGGAAAAGGGAGAUCUUCACAAAUAGCAGGAAGGCACUUUAACUAGACUUGAUACUGUGACCCGAGAUUUUUCAAAUGGGCAUGAAACACACGUUCUUUUAGGCCUGUGAAAUGGUUAAUUUGAACUUUUAACGAAUUGAAGGUAAAGGCCACACAGCAAACUCCACUCCUUCGCAGUCUGACUAGAUGUGCAAAAUGUCUGAAUUAUAACAAAUGACAUCAUCAUCGCACAACUUUGAACAAUCGUCUCCUCAUGCAAAGGCAGGUGUAGUAUUGAAACCAUUUCCAGUGGAGUAGUAAGUACAUCAUGUGGGACUGUGAGGGACAAUCACUGUGUAGACAGAAAUGUUUGUUCACAUCAGAUAAUCAAAGCACAGAACACUCGUUUGUUGCCUUAGAGGACAAAAUACCACAUUGGUCAGUCUGCCUGUUUAUAAUUUGAGUGGUUUGUCCAUCAUUCUGUGUGGUUGUUGUUAAACUUGGGAGACAGUCUCUUAAUUGAGGGGACCUCUCCUGUAUCAAUACUUAAUUUUGUGCCACUUGAAUUGUGUGAUCUUUAGGUGCAUCGCAGUCUAAAUUAGUUGAUUGUUUUGUGGUGCCCUAAAGGUAUGAGUGUAUUUGUGAGGAGUUCGCUUUUCAGAAUGUAUGGUAUAAUGCUGAGAAUAGAUGGUUCUAUGUUCGUGGGGGCCUCUACAUUUUUUUUUUGUGACUGUUUUUAUUAUUUUCAACUCUCCAUUAACUGCCUGCAUUGGUUAUUGGGGUGCCGUUGGCAUCAAACAAAGCACUUGUUUUCUUAUAUGUGUGAGAGUUUUCCUUAAUUAAUUUUAUAAAGGCAGAUAUAAUCGCAGUAAUAGGGCACAAAAGGAAAUCAAUCUGCCACAGGACAACUGUUUGACUGAUUGCAGUGCAUUGGGCAGUAGCAUGCAUUGAUAAGAAGGUAAUUACGUUGUUGUAUAUCUGUGGUGUUUGGAACUCAGUACAAGACACAAAUACACACCCCAAAAAAAGUCUUGACCUUUGAUUCCGCACUGUUGUAUCUUUAGUUAAAGAAAAAAUACAGCAAUUACGUUUUUGUUUAACUUGCAUAAUACAAUUGUGUGGCACAUUUAUUAAUAUAUGUCAUUGCUUGUUUUCAGUUAGUCAAAAGAGCAGAAUUAGCGGGGAACUUCCAGAAAUGGUGCAUCAUAAUCAGUACUCUUGCCCUUGUGCAUUCCAAACUGUACAACUCGUGCCUUAUCAACAACACAUCACAUUAGAUUUCUCUACAGUAUAAAAACUUUGGAGUCACAAAAGUGUUUUAUGGGUUCAAAGCCUUGCUGAUUAGGCUUAUUUUCUCACCGUCAUUUCUCUUCUACUUUUAGCCAAUUAACAAAUUACAAGACGGAGCUGAAAUCUUCCUGUUCAAUUAUUUUCAUAUAUUUGCCAGAUCUUGUGUAUGAACAAAAAUAUAAUAUACAUAACCAAACCUUGCAGAGCAGGAGAUAAACGUGUACUUCUCGACUCUGAAUGACCCGUCAAAAACAGCUCCUACGCACGCACCCUCCUCACCCUCUUUAUUCUGUUUUAUGAUAUAUUGUUGGAAUGCUUCAUUCAUCUGAGUACUACAGUGUACCUAAUAUUAGACUGAAUAAAUAACUAAAUAUUGAACAUGCAUGGUCGUGUUACGGAGACAUAACAUCCUAACACCUUGUUAGACACAAUAUAUUUAAUUGGAUUUUUGUACCACACUGUUCAUUUCAGCACUCGUUAGACAAAUGUGUCUCAUGAGAGGAAUUUAUUGGAUAACUCUACAAACAUUGCAACACAGGAUUGUUCAGGUCUCUCUGUUUUGCAAAUGUAAAGGACAUUAUUGAUUGACAAAAGAGUAUCGCAAUAGCUGUCUUGCAGAAAAAAAGGGAAGGUGUCUUUGUUUAAUCACGAAAAACGCUUGUUGCAUUGAUCACAAAUAAGGAAUCACAUUUUGUUAGGCCAGCAAAAUUAGGAAGGAGCAAAUUCAGCAUUUUGCCAGCUCUUUUUCAAGUGGUUGCAACAAAUAAGAUUUCAAAUGAAUCAGGACAGAUUAUCAAUCGAAUGAAUCCUUGAUUUCAACGUAUUUAUGUUAUUAAGUACACUGGGGCAAAAAUGAGGGCCGUCUGACAACAAUGCUUUUUCCUUUUUGCGUUGGUCUAAUGCUCAUGAGCUGUAUUAUGUAUGUUUUGUGCACAUUACCCAUUAUCCUAUAUCAACACGUGAUUAUUAUCUGUACACAUUUUGCACAAAGCACUCAAUAUUUGUACAUAUGCAAUUAAUCUGUCACAAUUGUUUUUAUACAUGAGCAUGU